CAUCUGGACUCCAUGACAGCAGCUGCCUGCUGAGCAACAAAACCUGUGCAUGCUAUUAGGUAGAAACGUUCAUUUUUUUUUGCACAUAUCUGUGGAUGUCCCAGGGGCAAAACAAAGAGACGAGUUUUAGGGAUAAAAGACUAUCUCUUCCAUAGUGUAAAUGAAAGGUUAGUGCGAGCAGCUGAUGUGAAGUGUAAACCAUUUCAUCCUCUUCUCCCUGAAUGAUAGGGAGGCAUCAUCGCCCAGGAAAACCAGUGAUUGAAAAAUAGAUUUCCAGGUUCUUACUGUGUAUCAACUAAAUAGAAACGAAUGGCAACCAGUGCUAAGAGACCAUCCCUACAGGGUCCUGUGCCACCUCCCCGCAAGAAGACAACCCCCAAACCAGAGCUGACAGAGGAGCAGAAGCAGGAGAUCAGGGAGGCCUUUGAGCUGUUUGACACUGAUGGAUCUGGAUUCAUUGAUGUCAAGGAGCUCAAGGUUGCAAUGAGAGCCCUUGGUUUUGAGCCAAAGAAAGAGGAGAUCAAGAAGAUGAUUGGUGAAGUGGAUAAGGGCGGCACAGGGAAGAUAUCCUUUUCUGAUUUCCUCGCUGUCAUGACACAGAAAAUGGCCGAGAAGGACUCCAAAGAAGAGAUCCUGAAAGCUUUUCGCCUGUUUGAUGACGACGAGACGGGUAGGAUCUCAUUCAAGAAUCUGAAAAGAGUGGCUAAAGAGCUGGGAGAGAACCUAACAGAUGAAGAGCUGCAGGAAAUGAUUGAUGAAGCAGACAGGGACGGAGAUGGAGAAGUGAACCAGCAGGAGUUCCUGCGUAUCAUGAAGAAGACCUGCCUGUACUGAUAGAAAUGCAUGACAUCGGGGGAGCUGCUGGUGGUUUUACUUUGUGAUGCUGCUCAUAGAUCUACUUCUACCUACAGCUUUGUCAUUAUUCAUUAUCGUGUCGUGUCAUGUGUUUUCAUUUCAGGUUAAAGUUUAAAAUCGUUCACUGAAGAGGAAAUAGUUUAAGAUGUAUUACACUCUUUUGAAUUAUCUGGUAAUCUUCCUUACAUUUGCCAAAAACAGUAAGAGUACACUCGUUCUAGUUGGCAGUGGUGCAUACCUUUAUGAAGAAUACAUUAAUAUUCAUGAUAAAAUGUGGGUCAUUUGUUGUCAAGAUAUACUCAGUGCCUGCGUCAGUACAGUGACAAACAGUACAGUCCAUUGCUUUGGUUUUUAGAGGGCAGUAUGUACUUUCAUGUUCAGACUUGUGUUCUAUCUGGUUACUACACUGUUUCAUGUUUUGGCUCAUGUCUGCAGGUUUUCCAGACGCAUGUUUAAUUUUAGCCGUUUGUUAGCAGCACUGAUGGUUUGGGAGUGCUGUCUCACCUCAGUGCUACCUGUGGAUUUGUGCCUGUGCCUCUUUAAAGGGUUAAUCAUUACAUCAGGGAAGCUGCCUGAAUUUUGCUGACCUGUACUCCUUGCCCUCAAGGUCCACUGUCUUAUUUUUCUUGUAGCAUUGAGUAUGUAUCCCUCUGCUGAUUAUAGCUUUUCCUCUAAAUGUUUUAUAUAAUACAGUGACUUUAAAGACUAGAUAUACAGAGCUUAUGUGUUUGAAAUACGGAUUAAAUAUAUUGAAGCAUUUA